GCUUUUGAUGAGUGUCCACAAGUAAUUGUUGCUGUGCUGUGUUUCGGUUUUUUUUUGUUUCUUCGCUCUGUGUGUGUGUGUUUUUUGUGUGUGCCCUGCAAAUGGCCAACGCAACAGCAGCAACAAACACAGGAACAUCGGCAUCAGCAGUGAAUAACAGCAACAAAUUGGAGACGCGACGCCUGUGCGCUUUAACAUUCUUUGCCAAGCUGCAUCCGGGCGAUGUGUGUGGCAGCAAUGGAUUGCCUUUAACGCCCAAUUCGAUUGCAAUUCUGGGGCGUUCCCAGCGACUGAAGCAGCUGCAGCAUGCGAAUCUCUGCCAGUACUUGGAUGUGGUGCGUGGCAAGCAUGAACGCACCAUUGUGGUGUCGGAGUAUGUGGGCCACACGCUGGAGGAGCAUGUGAAGCGGCAUGCCAACACACCGCUGAGCAACACACAAUUGCUGCGCAUCUUCUAUCAGGUGGCCAAAGCUCUGGACGUGUUGCAUGCGCACAAACUCGUCGUCCACAAUCUGGAGCCACGGCACAUACUCAUCGAGCAGCAGCAACAGUUGGAGCAGGUGAAGCUCUUCAACUAUGGCCUGCAUCACAUGACCAAGGGCGGCGCCUAUGUGCCCUUUCCCUUGGGCAAUGUGCGCUAUAUGGCGCCCGAACGUUUGCUCGGCGCCAAUGGGAGCAUCAAGAGCGAUGUGUGGUCGUGGGGGAUGUUGCUGCUGGAGCAGCUGUUGCAUGUGGAACUGUGGCCCCGUCUCAAGCUGAGCAACAUCGCCUGGAAGCUGUUGGCAUUUGUGCGCAGCAACAGCAGCAGCGGCGGCGGAGCUUUGGUGCUGGAGAAGAUUGCACGCGAACAUCAGCGCUGGGAGAUGUAUCAAGAGUUGCCCCACGAGUUGCGUCACCUGCUCGAACGUUGCUUGAGUGUGCUCCCGGCUCAGCGUCCACUGCCCUCGGAGUUGUUGCAGCACAAAUGUUUUGCCGAUGCCGCUGAAAUGUUGCAAGUGGCAUCGGAACAUCAGCAGCUGGAACAAUUGCCGCUGCUGUUGCGCUGUCCGCUGGCACAGAUCUAUCAUCUGUGGCAGCUGGCUGGCGGCGAUGUCCAGGCCGAGCUGAAGAAGGAGGGAUUAAUACGCAGCGAGGCGCCGAUAUUGGCUCUCCCGCAAAUUGUUCGACUGAGCGGAUCGAGCGUUUGUCCGCCUCGGAGUCAAUCGUAUUUGAUGGACGAACGGAUUGUGCUGCUCAAGCUGCAGCCGCUGUUGCAACGUUUGAGUCGCCUCCCCGCCAGCGUUUAUUUCCCGUUGUUGCAGUCGCAACCACGCCGGCAACAACAACAGCAGCAGCAACAAGAUCUGCAACAACAACUGCCACUUUUGAUCAGGGAACGCGACAUCGAGUAUCAAUUUCGACGCGUCCGUCUCUUCACCCGCCUUCUACACGGCUUUCCACACACCGCCGACCAGCUGCAACGUGAGGCAGCGAUCGAUAUUCCUCCGCUGUUGCGCGGCCCCGUCUGGGCCGCUCUCCUCGGUGUCCUGCCCAAUGCCAGCUAUGCGAAGAUCGAUAAGUUCACCGCCACCACAACCGAUCGACAGAUCGAGGUCGAUAUUCCCCGCUGCCAUCAAUACGAUGAGCUGCUCUCCUCGCCCGACGGGCAUCGCAAGCUGAAACGUCUGCUCAAGGCCUGGGUCACCGCCCAUCCGCAGUACGUUUACUGGCAGGGACUCGACUCGCUGACGGCGCCCUUUCUCUAUCUCAACUUCAACAACGAGGAGCUAGCAUUUCUGAGUCUGUUUCGCUUCAUACCGAAGUAUCUGCAGUGGUUCUUCCUGAAGGACAACUCGGCCAUCAUCAAGGAAUACCUGAGUAAAUUCUCACAGCUGAGCGCAUUUCAUGAGCCGCUGCUUGCCCAGCAUUUAUCGAGCAUCAACUUUAUACCCGAACUCUUUGCCAUACCCUGGUUUCUCACCAUGUUCUCGCAUGUAUUUCCGCUGCACAAGAUACUGCAUCUGUGGGAUAAACUGAUGCUGGGCGAUAGUUCGUAUCCGCUUUUUAUUGGCAUUGCGAUACUGAAGCAGCUGAAGAGCACGCUGCUCAGUUCGGGCUUCAACGAGUGCAUUCUGCUCUUCUCCGAUCUGCCCGACAUUGUCAUGGAGAACUGUGUGAUCGAGUCACAAAAGAUGUACGAAUGCACGCCCAAAAGCAUCACGCAUCGACAGCACGCAUUGCGCACUCAAGCGCCGCAUGUUUUGGACAUUGGCUUGGCGGAGGUGGAGCUGCAGCAUCUGCAGUCGGAGCAGUGUCCUCGGAUCAGUGCCAAGGAUGUUUACCAGCUGCUGCAGCAGGCGCCCAACGAGCUCGCUCUCAUCGAUCUGCGCAGCGUUGUCGAGUAUUCCCGGGUCCAUGUGCCGCAUAGCAUCAACAUUCCGUUUGCGACAGUGCUGCUUGGCGAGCAGCGUCUCGAGGCCCUCAAUGUGCCCUAUUUGGAGGCACAACUGCGCGGUCGCAUUGUCGUCUGUGUCAGCAACAUACAUCAGCAUGCCGUGGAGUUCUCGCACUUUCUGGUCGCCUGUGGUGUGCUGCGCACCUGCAUUCUACACAAGGGCUUCAACGUCCUCCACUCCAUUGAGCCAAAUAUACUCAUCUCGAAUUAAUUAAGCGAGUCGGAAGGGGAAUUAUUCCCCUGCCUGCUUAUUUUCCUACUUAUCGUUAUCAUAUCCCCUAAUCGCUUUGCUCGCUUUGUCCGUAACUUAAGGCCAUCUAUCCGAAAGUGUACCAUAUUGCAAGCAAUUUUUAUUAUGUAUAUGUAAAUAAGCAUAAAGUAACUGUGCAUUAUGAAAACUUUUAUAAAUCUGCAUUGUACUCGAAA